AUGUGGAUGAUCAAAGCCUGCUCAGUCCUCGCCGCUGUCUGCACUGUAGCUGCUGAUAGCGCCGGGCCCACGAUCGACUUCUCCUCCAACAUUGGCACUCCCAAGCACCUCGCCUCAGGCAUUCUGUACGGCAUUCCUGACAACACGGACCAGAUCCCAGACAGUCUUCUCUCUGGGUUCGGCUUCAACUACUAUCGCGGUGCAGGUGCCCAAGUCUCUCAUGGUUGGAGCUACAAUGAGGCUAGCUUUCAAGAGCGUUUCGCCAGUGCGCACAACAACUACAUCGUCACGCGUCGUCACAACGGUGGCUUUGUCUUGUUGCUGAAUGACCUCUGGGGCUUUGACUGCUCUUCUAACAACAGCACCUCACCGGGUCCAGGUGAUAAUGGUGACUGGUCAUCUUAUGACAAGUUCGUCCAAGCUAUCAUUAAAAACAUCAAGAAAUACAAGAUGCAGAAAGGUUUGGUCAUUGAUAUCUGGAACGAGCCUGAGGGGGGGUGCUUCUGGGGCCGUAGCAUUGACCAGUGGCUGCAGAUGUGGGGUCGUGGCUGGCACCAGUUCAAUGAUGCUUUCGGGAACAAGGUGUUGACAUCCGGACCAACUCUCGCCGGCCAACCAGGAACAGACAAUCCCUGGUGGACAGAGUGGGCACAAUUCGUCAAGAACAACAACUCCAUCCCUGACCAAUACGUAUGGCACGAGGAAGGCGGUUCAGGCUCCGACUUCGAGUACAGCUACGGCGUCUUGCAACAGAUCCUCAGCCAGUACGGUCUUCCCCAACGCCAAAUCAACAUUAACGAGUACGCCACGUACAAUGAACAAGUCCCCGCCGGAUCUGCAUUCUGGAUUUCUCAGCUCGAGCGCCGUAAUGCUAUCGGUCUUCGGGGUAACUGGCUCGGAGGCACCCAACUCCACGACUUGGCUGCUAGUCUCCUGUCCAAGCCUGAUCCCUCCAACUACGCUUCUACAGGAUACUAUCCCAACGGAGAUUGGUGGGUGUACAAUUACUACUCUCAAAACAUGACGGGCAAGCGUGUUCCGACUUCUGUGUCUUCUGAUGGUCGGUUUGAUGCUUAUGCGACGGUGGAUAAGACAACUCGCACCGCCAGAGUAUUGCUUGGCUGCCAUCCGCCUACAACUGGUACUUAUAUUGUGACAUUCUCGGGCUUGAAAAAGUUGGGACUUCCCCGUUCUGGAACACUUCAGGUCAAGACCUUGAAAUUCGCUGUGGGCGAUGACGUGCACUAUAGCCAGAUGGGACCUCCUCAGGAUUUGGGCAACUAUGGUCACACUAUCAGCAACUAUCUGGUUACGUUGCCGUUCUAUCAGACUGACGACGUGACUACCUACGCGUGGGAGUUUCAGGUCUCGUUGCCCCAGAAGACGAGGGACAUUGUUGAAAGAUGGUAUCAAAGAGCUGUCGACUUGGCAUCUGUCAAGACACUCCUACAGAGGGACGAGACAGACGUCGCAACGUACCCGGAGCUACAAUGGGAUGCUCAAGUCCGACAUGGCUCCUCUCUUCACCAUGAAGAGCAAAAGUUCAUUGAGCUUCGAAAGCUGAGAAUAUCAUCACAAGGAGAAGAUUCGUUACAUCACUUUUUAGACCUCCCGCCUGAUGAGAAGGUUGACCCCAGAGAUGUCCCGCUCAUCGCGCUGGGCGGCUCAGGUGGUGGGUACAAGGUGAUGUAUGGAUUUACUGGAUUCAUCUCAGCUGCCAAGAAGCAUGGACUAUGGGACUGUAUCACAUGGACUGCCGGUGUUAGUGGAAGCUGUUGGACUAUUGCGGCUUACUACACCAUUGCCCGACAUGAUGCUCAGCGGCUGAUCGAUCAUUAUCUCACAGUAGCUAGUGAACUUGCACACCCCAUGAGCAUCCAUGCCUUGAACGUGGUUGCAAGAAGCAAGAGAGGGGUCUACUUUCUGAUUGGCCCUCUAGUCAGUAAAGCGCAGAAGAGCAUCAUUGGGCUGGGAAUCAUGGAUCUUUACUCCACUCUCACAGCCACAUAUCAACUGCUAUCAAGAGAGCCAAAGGGGAGACUCAGCAGAGCGACAUUCCAGUGGUCCAAGACCUGGCAUCGAUCGGGUAUAGAUAAAGGUCUGGAGCCAUUGCCGCUUCUUGCGGCGGUAAGACGCGUACCGAAGUACUCGUAUGAGCCAAAGACAAUAUCUGCAAAGGCCAGGGGUGCCAAGAAACAGCCAACGUCUCGACAGCUUGACACUGCUGAAGGAAAUGACCAAGCAAAUCAAGCAGUAUCUGCGAACAAACGGUCAAAGAAGCUCUUCCAAUAUUUCGAGAUCUCACCUCUCGAAGUAGGCAGUCUGGACCUCAACCGCUACGUCCCAACUUGGGCUUGGGGGCGAACUUUCAUCUCUGGGUAUUCUGUCGAUCGUCGCCCUGAGCAGUCAUUCUCGCUCUUGCUGGGCCAGUGUACCAGUGCCCCAGCGGGUCCUUUGGCAGAAUGCAUCAAAGCACUUCUGGUCACUAUACCCAGGAACACAAUAGUGGCACGCUUGGUCACCAUAUUCAAUAACGUACUCCAAUCGAAGUAUUUCGAGGGCUUUUGGGGAAAUCCCAUACGUGCAGGACAUGAUCCGAAUCCCUUUUAUGGACUUGAAAGACCGUUAGGGAUGCGAGAGCAUACUUCGGAGCACUCUAUGUAUAUCUCACGAGUUCCCCAUCAGCAUCAACGAGGGAUACACAGCAGCGAUAAAUCCAGUGCCGAUCCUGCAUCCUUGCAGUCACAUUCCUUGCCGCUGUGGGAAGCACAGGGACGCACAAGACUCAUGGACUCCGGAAUGGCGAAUAAUCUUCCAAAUCAUAUUCUCGCUCGGCCAGAACGAGGCGUUGACGUUUUCAUAUCUUUCGAUGCGUCUUCGGAUAUUCAUACUGGUGCAGCUGUCCAAAGACUACAUCACUUCGCUGCUGACUUCAAUGUUGAACUUCGGGAGGUGACAUGGGAGUUUCACAAGCCACAGCGGAAUGAAGUCUUAUCUUCAACUCAAGGCUUGGACAUCGAAUCCCGAUACAUAGAUCACUACGCCAGAGUCUUUCGUGGAACGAGACAGAGCGGGCAGAAUAUAUACAUUAUAUACUGCCCCCUCUUGCCAAAUGGCAUGAACCCUGGCUAUAAUCCUACCACUGCAUCGUUUUCAACAUCAACCAACCUCAUGUGGACGCCAGACCAAGUCAAGAGUGUUCUUGCGACUACAGAAGCGAACGUUUCAAACUAUGGUAUUGAUACCAUAAAGCGGGUAGUAAAGAAGGUUUACCAAUAUAAAAAGAAACAUAGACUAGAUAGACAUGGGGCCGAAGCCUAG